AUGUCCGAGAGAGAUUCCCCAGUCGGCGAGCACGCCAACGAACCUGUCAAUGAUGGCCAGGAACAGGAAUACGAAGAUGCCGUAGCCGCUGCCGACUCUGACCGCGAUUCGGAUGCGCUGUCCGAAGUUGACGAAGAUCAGUUUGAGGACUACGACCCUGAAACUGCCAACAUCGAAAAUCGUCCCGUGGAUAUCGACGAAGAUGUGGCUCGCACACUGAAGGCAACCAAGCGGAAGCGUGCUGAAGGAGAGGCUCCAAAGAAGCCUCGUGAGGGCCGUCGAGACAAGAAGCGUCGAGAUCGAGAUGAAGAUGUUGAAAUGGAUGAUGCAGAUGAUGGAAGCAAAAAGUCCCGAAGGUCAAGGCGUGCGGGUGGCGAUGGAGAACGCCGCCCCAAGUCCAAAGCUACCACACCGGAACCGGAGAAUGAAGAGCAUCUUUCACCAGAAGAGCGACGGAAGAGGGCUAUCGACAGAGCUCUUGAUGCAGCGAUCAAGAAGCCAAGCGGCCAGAAGCGCAAGAAGAGGGAUGAGAUUGAUCUUGAGACCGAGAUCGACGACUUGCUAGCGGAUUUGAAGGUCCGCAUGGAGGGUGCAUGCCAGUCCGAUAAUCAGGCUCGUGAGGCUGGCCAACCAGCCCUUCACAAGUUGAAGCUUCUUCCUGAAGUCACCGCUAUCAUGAACCGCAACAACGUCCAGCAUGAGGUCCUUGAUCCGGACACCAACUUCCUGCAACAUGUCAAAUUCUUCUUGGAGCCGCUGAACGAUGGGUCUUUACCGGCGUACAACAUCCAGCGAGACAUUUUUAACGCUCUUGCUAAGAUGAACAUUGAGAAGGAAGCACUCCUAAGCAGUGGUAUUGGAAAGGUCGUCGUCUUCUACACUCGAAGUAAGAAGCCCGAGCCUUCGAUCAAGCGAAUUGCCCAGCGUCUGCUGGGCGAAUGGAGUCGACCUAUCCUCAACCGAACCGAUGAUUACAAGAAGCGACAGAUUGAGACUCGGGAUUAUGAUUACGAUGCGGCUAAAAUGGCACAACGCCAGAAAACCAACUCGCAAUUCAGUCUAUCGCAACGCCCUGCGGCCAAUACUAAGGAAGCCGAGCGUGAGCGCCUCCUGGCUCCUUCACGCGGCAACAACUCAGCCCGUAUGGUCAACCUGCCCUCGAGCUACACUGUUGCUCCUCAGAGCACAUUCAUGGGAAGCCAAGGCUCCAACCAUCGUCCCCUUGGUGCUGGUGGCAUGGAGGCAUUCCGCAAGAUGACACAAAAGAGCAAGAAGCGAGCCAACUAA